AUGGCGGUUGGGCGCCUUCUUCUGGCGCUCGCUCUGCUGGGAGCGACGGUGGACGCGAAGGCCACGCGAGUACGAAAGAGCUGGGCGGCAUAUACCAACGAUGAGAGAGAGCUGUAUCUGAGCGCAGUGGAGAAGGCCAUGACGUCAGGGAAUCACAUGCUGUUCACAGAAGUUUAUAUGGACUCGGACAGUCUGAAACAGGUUGUCGGGACGUGCGGCGCACCAGCGUGGUACCGCAAGUACCUGCUUGGCUACGAGAAUAUGUUGCGCUCGUUGGACACUAGUUUCAGUGACCUAACGCUGCCAUAUUGGGACAUCUUCGAGGACUCGGCCAAACGCAUCACAACAACAACGGAAUGCAACGGUAUUGAAGGGUGUUCACCGCUUCUGGAAGACCUAGGAGGCUGCAAGGGUCCUGAACUCAUGGCCGGAGCGUACGUCGUGAACGGAGAGGCUGUUCCGAGCGGAAACUGCGCGAAUUCCAGCGUGGCGGGACAUGCCUGUGCAAAUAGCAAGAAAUGCGAGAAAUGCAUUCCGCGAGGAGACUGGGAUAUAGGUGAUUCGUCGUUGGAAUUUGGCCCCACAACGCUUGCAGAUUUGAUACGACAUGCUAGCGACGCCAAGGGUACGGCCAGCAGCGGGACCUCCACGAUGGAUACACUACGCAAGGAAGUGCAAAACUCUAUUCAGAUGACGCUGCACAGUAUUCUCGGUGGCGUGUACGAGACACGUGCUGCUGCUUUCGACCCAAUCUUCUUCAGUCACUAG